AGACCAACAACUCCCUUAAGCGCACAGAGACUUGUUGUCAUUUUACUAGCUUAACUUGUUUCACAAAAGUCAUCACCGUUGAGAAUGCUCUUCCACAAACCAUCACUCCUCUUCCUCAACAGCUUGCUGAGAACCAAUAAGCUUAGCCCACGGAUCCCAGCUCCUUUGCUUUCCCUUGGACCGUUCAAUUCUCUGUCUCGUUCAUUUUCUCAAGAUAAAGAGCAAUUUCUGAGAGAUCGAGGACAUACCAUCCGUAACCCUGCAAACUACAUUCCUCUCACUCCCCUCAGCUUACUUGAGCGUUCUGCACUCGUCUAUUCCAAUCGCCCUUCGGUAAUCUAUGGGUCUCACAUAUAUACAUGGAUGGAGACCCAUCAGCGAUGCCUCCGCCUUGCUUCUGCCCUCAACAGGUUGGCUGUUUCUCAUGGCGAUGUUGUUGCUGUCCUUGCUCCAAACAUUCCAGCAGCGUACGAGCUCCACUUUUCCGUUCCAAUGGCCGGAGCAAUCCUCUGCCCUCUCAAUAUCCGACAUGACUCUGCAAUGAUAUCAGUGCUCCUAAAGCACUCCGGAGCAAAACUCCUCUUUGUUGACGGCCAACUACUUGAAUUAGCCCAAGGAGCUCUCAAACUUCUCUCCGGAUCCAACACAAAGUCUCCUCUUUUGGUAACAAUCCCAGACCCUCAAUCACCAACUCCAUCAUCUUCCAUGGACUACGAAACCCUAAUCUCGACUGCAGACCCGACAUUCGACAUCAAAUGGCCUUCUGAUGAAUGUGAACCAAUAUCGAUAAACUAUACCUCAGGUACAACUUCAAAACCUAAAGGUGUCAUCUACACUCACCGAGGAGCAUAUCUUAAUGCAAUUGCGACAGUCUUGAUGCAAGGUAUAACCACAAUGCCUGUAUAUUUAUGGACGGUGCCGAUGUUCCACUGCAACGGUUGGUGCCUUGCCUGGGGCAUUGCCGCUCAGGGCGGGACCAACGUCUGCAUUCGACAGGUCACGGCAAGGGCAAUCUUCGAGAACAUUGCUCUCCACAAGGUCACGCACAUGGGAGCUGCACCUACAGUUCUGAACUCGAUAGUGAAUUCCAAACCCGAUGAUCGGAAGUCACUUCCCCAUAAAGUGGCAGUGAUGACCGGAGGUUCGGCACCAUCACCUACUGUUUUGUUCAAGAUGGAGGAGCUAGGGUUUAGUGUCACGCACAUAUAUGGACUCACCGAGACCUACGGGCCUGCCACAUUAUGUACAUGGAAGCCUGAAUGGGAUUCUUUAUCUCCAGAGGAGAAGGCGAAGGUAAAAGCGCGACAAGGGCUGCAACAUACUGUGAUAGAGAUGGAUGUGAAGGAUCCAAUUACGAUGAAGAGUGUGCCGUUUGACGGUAAAACUAUCGGAGAGAUUAUGUUUAGAGGAAAUACCGUUAUGAGCGGGUAUUAUAAUGAUGAGGAGGCUACUAAGGAAGCUUUGGCUGGUGGAUGGUUUCAUUCCGGUGACCUAGGGGUUCGACAUAGUGAUGGAUAUGUGCAAUUGAAAGAUCGGUCUAAGGAUAUUAUAAUCUCCGGCGGGGAGAAUAUAAGCACGAUAGAGGUGGAGACAGUGAUAUCUGAGCAUCCGGCGGUGCUUGAGGUGGCGGUGGUUGGGAGGCCAGACAAAUACUGGGGGGAGACACCAUGCGCAUUUGUCAGUUUGAAGGAGGGGUUUUCUGUAAAUGGUGAAGAUAUUGUGAAGUACUGCCGUGAUCGUUUGCCACAUUAUAUGGCGCCAAAAACUGUUGUGUUUGAGGAGUUGCCCAGGACUUCUACAGGUAAAGUGCAGAAGUUUGUGCUGAGGGAGAAGGCAAAGGCUAUGGGAAGUAUUUCUCAGAAUUAAUUGUGCUGUUAAGGUUUGAUUAAUGUGUACAGUCUUUCUUUGUGAUCUUUAACUCAAACAAAGAAAGGUAAAAAAAAAAAAGGGAAAAAAUGAAAUGAAAUGAAAACUCUUUUGGGCUCUCUAUUAAUUUGAUGUGAUUCCAGCUGCCAUUCUGAACAGCAAACGCAGAUAUGUACACGUUCAAUAUAUACAUGUUAAUUAUUUCGUGAAAUA